AUGCGCUGGACGAAAAAGCCGCAAAAAGGCUACAACGAACUAGCCAGCAUCAAUGAGAGUCCCCGGUUGGGGCCUGACGAAAAAGCAAACAAAAACCUUCGUGGAUGCCGGGGAGAAGCGACUGUUGAAGAAACCGGCAACGCGGAUAGCUUUAACAAGCUUGCUGGCAAUAGCGACGAACUUGAGUCAUUGAUCGUCGACGAUAUGGUCGAACUAGUGGAGGUUACGCAAAAGAAACAACAACCGCGGCGCCGCAAGAAUCCCGUCGUGCGUAACAGGGCAUUUCCUGAACCACUCGACCAGAAGAGCCUAUUUUACGCAGCAGCUAUAAUCUUCGCCGGCGUCAUUGGUAUCGCGUUCAUCGGGAUUUCGGUCAUCACAUUUACAAUUGUACUA